UCCUCUUUUAAGAAACCGUUGGUACCCUCACUGGUCAUCAUCCCUGUGCCACGCUACCUUUUUUUCUUUUUCUUCAGACGCCAUGCUCGAUCGAUCUUUUUAGCUUCUUCUCCUUCUCUUUCCUUUCCGGUCAUUCCUUCAAUAUACUGCGUUCAUAUUUAACCUAAUCAUCAAGUCUAUCGUCCCGUGUCUCGCCAUUCGCCGACACCCUGUCAUAUAUAGCCAAAGAUCUCCCACCCGUUUGUCGUCGACUCUCACGUCAUUUUUGUCCAUCCUGCUUCCAUCCUCGGCCAUUUUCUCAUCUAUCUGCUCCGCUCCCACUCACCCUCGAUCGAGUCAAAGUCCCCGAAAUGGCACCAAAAGACGCACCUGAAAAGGUGGAGCCCAUCGAGUCUUCAACGGAAGACCGGGCUGAGAUGGAAUUAGUUAAUGCAUCCGGCCAUCGUCAAGAACUCGAUCGGAAUUUCAGCUUGCUCAGUAUUUGCGCUGUCGCGGUGACGACAGGAAACACAUGGAUUGCUCAAGGUGGCAGUCUGGUAACGGCGUUGUAUAAUGGAGGGCCGUCGGGUGUCAUCUAUGAAUUGUAUGUGCCACCAAACCAUCAAUCUCAGACUUGGCUGGCUCCAGGGCUCUUUUGCUAACCGUAACCCCUAGCAUGGCUGUUUCGGUUUGUUAUUGGUUGGUUGCUGCAUCCAUUGCCGAACUGGCAUCGGGAAUGCCUUCCGCCAGUGGCGUUUACCACUGGGCAUCGAUCACCGCCGGUAAAUAUGGUCGCGUUUGUGGAUUUUUCGCUGGUUUCUGGAACUGCUUGGCCUGGAUUCUGGGUGCGGCAUCCAUGUCGGCUAUCCUGGGUCAGCAGACCGUCUCGAUGUACGCCCUCAUGCAUCCUGGAUUCCAGACCCAGUCGUGGCAUGUGUUCCUCAGUUUCAUCAUCUGCACGUGGAUGUGCUGCUGUAUAGUUCUGUUCAUGAACCGAUUCCUUCCGCAUAUUGGAAAUCUGGGAAUGUUCUUCAUUCUGGCCGGUGUCUUCAUCACGAUCGUCGUCUGCGCUGUCAUGCCGCAUGUCAACGGGACGGGACAUGCCUCUAAUGAGUUUGUCUGGCGCACCUGGCAGAACCAGACGGGAUAUACGAGCAACGGGUUUGUUUUCGUUGCAGGGAUGCUUAACGGCGCCUACAGUGUGGGCACGCCCGACUGCUCGACUCAUCUGGCAGAAGAGAUUCCCAGACCGAGUCGAAACAUUCCCAAGGCCGUCCUGGCCCAAAUGAGUGUCGGUUUCGUCACCGGCGUCCUCUACAUGGUCGCCGUCUUCUACUCGAUCAACGACCUCAACGGCGUUAUGAACAGUGAAUACGAAUUUCCACUCGCCGAAAUUUACCGUCAAGCGACUGGUUCGCGAGGCGGCUCUCUCGGACUGCUCAUCGUGGCCUUCCUACCCACCGUCAUCACCUGCGCCGGCUGCUACAUCACCGCCGGUCGUACGCUCUGGACGAUCUCCCGCGACAAGGCGACUCCCUUCUCCGGCUGGCUCUCGAAGAUAAACACCCGCAUGCACAACCCCUUCAACGCAACCCUGGUCUGCGGCGGCAUCGUCACCAUCCUCGCAUGCAUCUACGUGGGAUCGACCACCGCGUUCAACGCCUUCGUCGGCUGCUUCGUCCAACUGUCCAGUCUGUCCUACUUUGCCGCCAUCUUCCCGCAUCUCCUGACUCGGCGCUCGUCUUUCACCCCUGGUCAUUUCUGGCUCGGUCCUGUCGGAUACGUCAUCAACACGUUGAGCUGCAUCUAUAUACUGGCUUUCGUCGUUAUUUUCUGCUUCCCGUUCGCUUUGCCCACCGACGCUGCGUCGAUGAAUUAUGCUAGUCUGAUGACUGGUGGGCUGACGAUCUUUGUGGCUAUUUGGUGGCUCUUCCGUAUGCGGUCCUACGAGGGACCGAAGUUUGUUCCGUUGACGGAUAAGAUUCUGAUGGAUGAUGCGAAAUGA